UCUCUCACAACCCACGUACCUAUUCCUUCGUCUUCCGCUAGUACACGGACAAUUUAAGGGAAGAACACCACAAUGCAAACUUGAUUCUCGCGAUUCUAGCCAACGAGGUUUUCGAGGGCCUCGCGUAUCUUGUUUUCGUGACCGUCGGAACGCUCGAGAGAUAAAACUGGCCUAUUUCCAAUCUACCCCCAUUGUACUGACGCCCGCCAGUAAAAUACAAAUAGUGAACAGGACGCAUACGGUGAUACACCGAAAAGUGACAUCCAAUAAUGCGCUUACUAGUUUUCUGCGCCUUCCUCUACCUCGUUGGAGUCACCCGAGCUGCACCUACAACAAACACAUCAAAUACUACUACUAGCGACAGUUUGAAAGCCCCAUCAUUCACGACCAGAACCCUAUGGACAAUCAUCUCCAGCUCCGUCAUCACUCUAUUUGCUUGUAUUUACAGUGCCAUUCACAUCAAUAUUCCGAGUCCCAAGGACAGUCCCUAUCGUAUCUUACGGCGGAGACUUGGCAUCAUGAUAAUGGCACUCAUCGCUCCUGAACUGAUGGUGACAUGGGCUAUGCGCCAGUGGUUCAGUGCUUGCUAUGUUACAAGACGGUUCGAGAAAUCGGGGUAUCCCAGCGUUCUUCCGGAGCAGGCGCAGUCCGAAGAAAAGGAGCCCGAAGCACCUGAGCAACAUGAAAAUCGUUUCCUUCGCCGCCUUCUCAUAGUACUUGCUACACGUAUAUUAUCCGUGCUGAUGUUUCUUCGGCGUUUCCCUGCUGUCUUUGCGAGGUGGAUCCAAAGGUCGGUUAAGGCUUAUUUCUCAGAGCAAUCUGAAGAUGAUGCAUGGACUAAGACACACAGCUUCUUUGUGCUGAUGGGUGGCUUCAUGCUUUAUGUGGACGGGGAACCCUACCUUACACUACGUCCUGACUCCAUUCUCAAACUGAUGCGUGACCGGUGCAUCGACGCCCCUACCCUAACGGCAAACCAGAUCCACGACAGGAGCAAAGGCAAUGCGAUAUCGAAAGGACUGAUCAUGCUCCAGGUGGCCUGGUUUAUUAUGCAGCUCAUCACCCGCGCCAUCUAUCACCUCGAGACCACCCAGCUCGAAGUGGGGACACUCGCUUUUGCGGUCCUCAAUUUCAUAACUUAUGCUGUGUGGUGGAACAAGCCUCUCAAUGUGCAACGUCCACAUCCGGUAUACUGGAAAUCAACCACGUCAAGGCCAGAGGAUCACGUUUAUGUCCCUGAAAGCGACCAAGUCGCUGUAUGGGAGAUCUUGUUUCUAGUUAUCCGCCCCAUUGAUGAACUCAUCAAACUCGAGUAUUCAGACAGGGAAGUUCUUGUGUGUGCUGGAUUGCUUAUGGCAACCAUAUUUGGCGGCAUCCAUUGUAUGGCUUGGUUUUUUGCCUUCCACACAUAUCAGGAACAGGUGCUAUGGCGCAUGAGUGCCGUCGCCAUAACUUGCACACCCUGGCUUAGUUUGUUCACUUUAUAUCUUCUUGGAGUCCUAGACACACCAGAUGCGGUGAGCUGGCCUGUAUGUGUAUUAUAUGCCAUGCUGUACAUCACAGCUCGUGCCAUCCUCUUGGUACUUAUGUUCACCACUUUACGCAAUCUUCCUCCUGACGCAUACAAGACGGUGUCAUGGAUUACUUUGGUGCCGCACUUAUAAUUCCUGAUCACGGUAUACUGGUGAUACAUUUAUACUU